GGACCCAACAAAUUGACAUGUGAGAAGGAAGGGACAAAAGAGAAGAGGCCACCAUAUCUACAUCUUCUCUCAUCACUUCUUUCACCCCCUACAUCUCCAUCUUCUUCAACAAAACUCCUUCUUUUCCCUCAAGUUCUUGCAUUUAAUGCACAUUUAUUUCCUUCUUACUACAAAUACUUCUCCUACCUCCCUACAUUUUCCACACCCCACAACCAAGUUUUUCACACCACAUCCAUCCAUGUCAACUGCAUCAUAUCUUCUCCUCUUCUUCCUCUGCAUUUCAUUGCAUGCAUCUUAUGCUCGCCAUCUUAAUAAUAUCAAGCUCCAACAAAAAUCACACUUCUCCAUCAAGCUUAAUGAAGGUCCCAACAAGACGGAGACUCGGUUGGUCGGUGAUUCUGAGAAGCCAAGGAACCGAAGAAGCACAACAAACCAUAGGGUGCAGCAAGCAGUUAAAAACGGUUCAGGUGCUUUAAAAAAGUCUCUUGUUUCAGUUUCUUGGCGUGUGCCUCACAACAACAACAACAACAACAACAAGAAACCUCGUCAGAAACAUCCUGGUUUUGACUUGGACUAUUCUCCACCCAAGACACACCCUCCUCAUCACAACUGAGCCACAAUAAAUGGAAGAAUAAUGUGAAGCCCUGACCAACAUUGAAGAGAAAAAUAUUCAGCAUGGAAGACAGGGUCACAUUAUAGUUGAAAUCUAUAGCAUAUAUGUAUCACUGCAGAAACUUAAUAACUGUUAUGUGCUAUGACUUUAAGGUACACUGAGUGUUCCCUUUUCCUUUCUUUCUAAUUUUAUAAAUAUGAAAUGUACAUCAGACAUAUUUCUUGCU